ACCUCAUACCGUUAAAUAUAUUUUAACAUAUUAUCUCUGACUAAAACUACUGUCUAUGGCGUUCUGUCGAGAACCUCGAGUCCAAAACUUCAAAAGAUGUGGAAAUGAUUAACUUCUUGGAACAGUAACAUGAAGCGAGCCAUCUCCAAGAAAGGCCAAAUGUAUGAAUAAGGUGAGUUUUUAUUAAUCAAUAUGAUGCCUCGCAAAUGACAACAAGCCUGAGAUAAUUUUACCAUUUUUUGAAACGUCGAAUUGCGAAUUAAAUAUUGCCAUCUAAUUUCGAGGAAACAGUGAUUGUUUUGGAAGAACAAUGUUUCCUAGUAACCCUGAGUUUUAAUAUAUCUACCUUAAUUAAAACAGCGUUUCUAAAAAAGACAGCCACAACCUUUUACCACUAAAGUUCCGGGCUUACUGCAGUCUCCAUCCAUUACCUAACAUCAUUUCAAGCUAGUAUCUUAUUGCGCGAAGUUUCUUUCCGCCGUAUUUUCCAAGUUAUUCCACUAUAUUUGGGAUCGUUAGUUUUGCUCUGGCUUGCGAGUGACGGACCAAUUAUUAGAAUCAUCUAUGACCGAAAAUUUAUUCUUCUUUCUCUUUUUUGCUUUUCAUACCUUUGUUUUAAGAUCAGAAAUGAAUCUCUCUUUUAUGGUCGCUAUAUCUUUUAGGGCAUACUAUUUUAAGAUUAAUUAAACUGCGGUUGGUUUUUAAGUUAAGUAAUCGGGCAUAUAUGGGAAAUAUGGUAUAGUUUCAUUAAGACCAAUUUUUUAACCUUACUAGCAAGCCAAAAAUAUUUUCAUGUAGGGAGACCCACUGAAACAUUUUCAAGGAAAAAUAGGGAAAAACUAUAAGUUCAUAAGCUGUCAAAACCAUCUGUAAUGGUUUUUCCGCCGCAUGAAUUUGGGGAAAAAAUGUAUAUACAAUAUUCUCUCUUGAUAAAUUUUGUGCUCAGUUCUUCUCUUAAAAAUUUACAAGCAUGAAGACUAACGGCUGCGAGCAUGAAUAGGGCACCAUUUUAUCACUUCAACAUGUCGUUCGAGCAGCCAAUAUAGAGCGUUUUAACUAAAAGCAACUGGCAGCUGUGUUUUUUUAUUGGCACGAGAUUGACUUGGUACUGAUGCCGAUAUGGUUUCUGAUUCGUGGUUUUCGUUACAAAAAAACUAAUUUGUCUAACUUGACAGCACUCGAAAACGCUUCAUAGCCCACGCUGUUACAGAUCAGAAUUGUUAACUUUUAAGAUAGAAACAUGAAAGUUUGUCAAACUACUACCAACCCUAAGACUAACAUUUUUGGAUAUGGAUCCAACCCUAAUUCACCACUGGACACGAGUACUGCGCAAGCCCUAAAAUGGCCCACGUGAAAACAGCAAUAAUUUUCCUUAUUCAAUGCACAUAUGUGAACGGCCAAAUGUAGCAGGUUUGGUAGACAAUCAAGCUACCGCUAUAUAUCCCCAAGGAAGCGAACUUAAAAAAAAUUGUCUCACAUACAAUUCGUAUGAAAGCAUGUCUAAAUAAAAUUUCCCAGUGUUUAUUUUCUCUUCGUUUUCACCACAUAAUUACAGCGAGGCAAACAAGUGGCGGAUUCAGUUUGCAGUUAAAAUGGCGUUUAAACGUUCGAUUAAUAGAGCUUUUUCACACACGUGGCCAGCAGCUAUGCAAAUUUGUUUGAACAAAACACAGUUUUUACCUUACAAAAAAGGAUCAACUCCCACAGGACUGGUUUGAGGCACCGAAAUGGCAGCUGUUUCAUGGUCUUGGGACAACAAUAUGCGUGACGUCGUGCGAAAACGCUUUACUUUUAUUUGACAAGCUCUUUGCAUGUUCAAACAAUAACAGCGUCAAUAAUGCUAAAUGUGCCAUGAAAGGAGUACUUUAGAAAACUUUAACUCGGUUUCGAGCAGGACAAGGUCAUAAAGGCCAGAAUGUUGCAAGCUAUAGUUUACUUAAAAAGUAAUUGCGGCUAGUACGCAAUAAAAGGAAAGAGAGAUCGUAGUCUACAGGUAUAUGGUAAAAAAAAUUUCAGUCACCAUCUCGGUGUCUUUUGAAUGAGACAGCGAAUUCUUAAUGUUCUUUUAGUACAAAUGUUUAUCUCUACUUUGAGCAGAAAAACGUUUUUUCCUACGGUUGGCUAAUGCCUUGAAUUUAAUUUAGACGCGGUGAAUGCAUAUUCAAGAGAAACUUAUUUUUCAAAUGACAUGCGAUUAUUAUGUUUGCUUGCAUGCAGUAAUAUGUCAAUAUCGAAAUCUAAAUAUACAAGAAAACGUUAAAUUGCGCUAUUUUAUGUCUUAUAUAAACCCAGAACAGGUUGAAUUUGCAAUCGCUCAUUUAGGGAACCUAAAAGCUCGAUUCAAUGUCUUCAUAUCAUCCCCAAAGCUUUAUAUGAAAAAUCGUUUACUGAUUUUCCAGCAUGAUUCCCCUCCUAUCAUAAUCUCACAUGGCUUGCUGAAGUUGUAACCACUUACAUAGAAUUCACCUAUACACACGAGCUGUAUUUCUAGAAUGGAAUCUUAUUCGUAAUAAAACUAGCUUUUGAUAAGCCAAAGUUUCAAGGACGUGCUUAGAGAACGUGAGAAUUUAGUGUUAAGAUCUUUUUGCUGCCAAAUAAUAACACUUUAUUUAUUUAUUUAUUUUAUUUUAUUUUAUUUGCCACACAAUAAUUACAAAAACUAAAGGAAAAGAGAGAAAAAAACAAGUGGCGAGGAGACCUAACAGAAACUAUGGAGCUUAUGACUCGAGGUUAGGCCUCCUCGAUCUAGAAUUAGAGAGUUAUGUAACGUAGUUUUUGUUGCACUAUUCAGAAAUAGAUGAUUAAAGAGGUAAAGAGAUCAUGUGACCAUACGCGAACUAGGGCUUCGGAAACUUUAAAACAUUUCUUUGCCAAAAAAUUUCGUUCUUAAUUGCUCAAAUUGUCUGUUUGUCAUACCCCCAAAGAAAGAACUUCUAUAGUGAAUAUUUUAGACUCUAGUUGUCAAGGCGCUAUAAAAAGAUAAUUAAUUUCCUCCAAAACACCGAUAAUUUUCCUCGCAUAUUCUCUAUCAAAGUACAAUAUAUUAACAGCUAUGUAAACAUUAUCAUAUUUUGCCGUCUGUUAAUUUGCGAACGUUUAAAAGGGCAUGUUUCAUUUAUGCUUGUUCCGGUUGUUUUGUGCCUUGUUGUGAGAUGUAUUUAAAUUUUUGCUCGUAAUCGUAAUACAGUAUUGCCUCUUCAAUUUUCCUGCAUGACUUUCAUAACUUAGCAACUACGGUAAUUGAAAAUACGUAGUGUAAGUAGUGUCAACCAGCAGAGACGACAGCAAAAAGGCCAGGUAAUUAGAAGCAGAAACUUAUUACUAAUAGAAGUCGUAAUUCAUGUAUAGCGUAAAGAAAACUGUCUACCUCGCCCUGAGCGGAUUUUUCACUUACAGACUCAAUCUCAAAGUCUUUAGACGCUGUACCAUUACAUGCAGACUACUUACAAUUACACAUUACAACUUGUUUUUCCAUAUUUUGCGAUGCAAAUUUGUAAAUUUCUUGUAGUUUUAUUAGCAUUUGGCAAUCAUACAGAGUGAAAGAGUUAAGGAGGUUUUCAAGUACUAUAAUUAAUCAACCAACAACACAUGUCGCUAGCAUAGCCGAGCAAUUAGUCGCGUCUGUUUUUUUCAAAGCUUAUAAUAAUUUCAAUUACACUUGACUUUUUUCAAGAUAUCUCAGACAUUUCGUCGCCGCUUGUUCUACUUUCAGAACAGACAACAGGCUUGCGGACAUCAUUUUAAACUGGAAAUGGGAGGGCACGUCUUGGUUCUUGGAAAGGUUCCCAGGUUGUUAGCCGCUACGCUUUUCUUGUACUUGUCUACGAUUACUCCUUUCAUUCAAGUGGUUGCAAAUAAGCGGGGAAAGACAUUAACAAUAGGAGGCUUUUAUGCAUCUGGUGAAAGGACAACUUUUCAGAAUGCUUCAGGUAUCCUUAAAACAGUGGAGCAAGCUCUUAGAUUCAUCAAUGAACGAUCACAAAUUCUACCUGGUUACAAGCUUGAUAUCAAAUGGCGGGAUACCAAGGUAGGCUGUGCUUUGUGAUUUUUAAAACAUGCGACAGAUAGAGUAUAUGUAUGAAAUGUUUGUUUUUGGCCAUGACGAUAUUGAAAUUUUACCAUUCAAGCCAGCUGGCUUCAUUUGAAUAUUGAAAGCGAACUCUUGACUUCAAUACUUGAUCCGGAUUCUAAAUACUAAAAGUUGAAGCUACCCUAUGUAGCAAUAUAAACAGUACCAUAGGGCAACGCUAACUUAGAAUCCAAUUCAAAAUAUGAAUAGUAAUUGAACUGAGUCAUUAAUCUAAACUAAGAUGACUACCAUCCAUCUGCCCAUUUAAAACUUCAGGUCGUUUCUUUCACUUUCCAUUUUAUAAACAGCUGGCAAAAAACGAAAAUCUUUUUUUAGUCCUUCUUACGUGGGUCAUGCUUUUUUUUACUUCCCAUCGAUGUUUUAUCUCGAGUUAGCAGAUUUUUAUUAUCUCCUCAACCUUUUUCAUCUGUUCUUAUUUCCUAACUGAAAGUCUAGUGAUCCGAAAAUUAUAGGGAUCAAAACUGACUUUUCGAAAAUUUCAGCCAGAAAAAAAGGUUCCCGAAAAUUCUAGGUGACCUUUUAGGGUAAAAAAAUCCGUUAAAAUGGGCAAUUAUACCAUUUUUUAGAUGUUUGAAAAUCCUAGGAGAGGAAGGCAAGCAAGAAAGUUUACAACAAAAAUUCUGAAAAUUCAAGAUCUCAAAUCGUCUUCCGAACAGAUAUUUUCCAAAAACUGACGUUGGGUGCCCCUGAGUUGAGUUCUCUUGUUUCCAUGAAUUAUAACGGGGAAAACAUUUUACAUUUUCAUUUCUAAAUACGGCUACAAAAUGGAACGUAAGGUACUCGGUAUUGUAAAGUUCUUCGCUUACUAGCUUUGAAGCAAAAUAUCUUUAUCCCAGGCGUUUUUUCCAAGUCAAACUUCAACAAAAAAGACGUGCACCAAGUUUGAUACUUGACGAAUGAAACGUGCAGAUAUUUGACUAGCUGGAAGAAAAAUGAGUGCAUUAUCUAUAAAACAAUCAAACUCGGAACUCAGUAUUUGACCGGUUAAUCAUGCCAUUUUUCAGGAACCUAUCAGUCUUCGGCCCAAUGGUAUCCAUAUUCACUUCUUCACACCCUAGAGCGCCCCCUCAAUGUCACGCUCAUGUCUUACUUAAGUUUAUUAUGGGCAGGGUAAAACCGUUAGUGUAGUUGGGCGUUGUUCUGUUCUAAUAUGGUAGAAUGACGUCAGUCUAAUAGCGGUAAUGGACUUUUAUCACUAAUAUAUGAGCACCUGUCAUACACAGUCAAUAUAUGCCCGCAACUGGGCUGAUUGGGAAUGCUAUGGCCAAUCAGAGGGGGCAGGGAAAGCGUAACUGGGCUAAUCCGCACUCGAACGAGACACUUGCAACUGCUGCCAAGCGCGGGAAUUUAAACAAAUGCGACCAAGCCGCAUAUGCAGUGGAGUCAAUAGGGCGGGGAUGAUUUACAUGAAUAUCAUGAAGGAAAAGUAUUACCACCACUAUUCUAGAAUAAAGUUUAUGGCGCCUAACAAUGGUCUUAUUUUACGCGACGGCUUAUUUUAAUACUUUUUAUUUUUUUUAGUGCCAAAUGGGACCGGGUGUCCAGGCGUUAUUUCAGCAUAUUAACGAGCCACCGACAAAAAUCAUGCUUCUUGGAGGAAUAUGCAGUACAGCUACCUUGCCUAUCGCCGAGUGCUCACAUCUUAUGAAUCUAAUACAGGUAUAGUACAUUGAAAGAAACAGAGAGGGUAGCGUGCAGCACGCGCGUGAGCAGCGAAUUCGGACUCGAGUCAGCAGGCCGUCCAGCAGGUUAGAGUCUCUUUCUGACAACUAGCUGGAAACAGAGCACAAAUGCUUUUAAGAGCCAAUGUCUGUAAUUUUCGAGAAUCGGUUGACAGUCGUGAAUUUUUGAAUUUCUUCAUAUUUUGCCCACAUAAUCUCUAUAGUACACUUAUUUCAAAAAUCACGUUAAAACUUGUAACGGCUUUUUAUUUUUUCCUGAAUCGGGCAAAGUAUGAAAAACACCACAUCGGCGCUCUUUCGAGUAUGAAAUUAGCGAAAAUUAAGCAUUUUCUUCGCGCUCGUACAUAAAAAGGGGACGAUAUCUCUAAAUGAAAUCAAGUCACAAGGAAAACACAGACUUGUACUUUAUAAUUCUGCAAUUAUCUUUAGAUAAGCUGUUUAAAUGUGACUGUGUUGGCCGCAAGAAGAAACACGAUUUCGCCUGUUUUCAAAAAUGGCAAAUUUGACCUAACUUCACCAUCGAAAAAAACAAUUGAUACACGGAAUUUCAACAUGAAACAAACACUAUUUUAAAGCACAUCCUUUGCCGUUUCUUGUGUUAAAAAAUUUUUGGCGGCAUUACAAAAGUGCGUCGCUGAGACACAGAAACGUGCAGCGUAUUUUCUCUCGUUGGAACGCUGAAAACAAGCUAGCCGCGAGUGUGGGUACACAAAAGUUUUUGCUAACUUAGCUUCUUUUACAAGGGGCAAAUUACGGGAAGCUCUUAAAAUCUUUUGAAAAAGGCUUUUCAAUUUGAUGGUUAUCAAAAAGAGCUAAGUAGAUUAACACUGCAUUUGAUUGCACGCAAGUAGCUGAAAAAGACAACGCUGUUAAGUUCUCAUGGAGUGUAAAUGUUGACCUCGAGUUUCUGCACCUAAAAUGAAGCCGCUAGAAACGGCGUGCUAGCUCUAAAUGGGAUUCGAGAUCUCUAAGAAUUACUUACCACAGUCGUUUCAAUCGCAAGUCGCCGCAGUUUACUCAUAGGCGUACGGGCAAUUUUUUGCCAGGGGGGGCGGUAAUCCAUUUGCCCAAAAAAUUGUUGCAAGUUGCCCAAAUUUUUACAAAACAGUCGAAAGGAAACUAGGGCCAUGCAACAAAAUAGGCCGUACUGGCAUAUGAAAGUGGCUCGAUAAAGUUUUUCAGAGUCAAUACCUGCCAAGUUUGAGCAUAAACUACGUCGCCACAAACAAGCAUUUGGAAAAAAUUGCCUCCACAGUUGCAUUAGAUAAAGAGGGAAAUUUGUCAUGAUCAGGAUUGCAAUGACAUCGGAGCUGUCAUAGCAACGACAUGACGCCAUUACCUAUUAUACUUGCAGCAAUAUUUCUCACUGGGAACUGUUCUUACAAAAUCUUUCAGGGGAGCUCUUUCCUCCAAUAGUCGCCUCAAUGUUCGUGAAGUUAAAACGGAACUGUAAGAGCGUUAUCGAGAUAUUUUGGGAUGAAGUUUUUAUUGUUAGAAAUAAGGUAAAAAGGGAAAAUGUUGAUGUUUAGUCGUAAUCUGAAGAAAACGGAGCGCUUUUGACAUGCAAUUUCACCUCACAGUAGUUUCAAUCUUAUUAAAAACGUGUUUGAAAGAUCAUGGAGAUAGCUCCUGCCAAUUGCUAUAAGGAAGGAUUUGAUUAGCGCUCGAUCUUGUUAGGGGUUUCGUAAACAUUUCGGUCUACUUAAACAAAUUAGUGAAUAAUUUUUAAACCCCUCGAUAGAUUUUUUUAAGAAAAUUAUGAUUCUUCUCGUAAUUCAAACUGAGAAUUAGUCAGCCACUUCACUUUCAGACCCAUUGCUGAUGCGUGUUCUGCCACACACUGUUCUAGGAGCGGAGGUGAUUCUAGAAAGUUAUGCGGAAGUUUAUUCUAAUCAAUUCAUGACUGGAAAUAGCCCACUCCAGCUAGUAAAGUGAAGUACAGUGCCCAACAAAGCAAAAAAAUCAGCAUAUGAUACCCUUCCCUUAUAACCAGAAACUCAUCACGUGCUAGGCAAACACUGUCUCGUGUGAACGUAACUGAAUUAUUACGCCGACCUCUGGUUAAAAUAGAAAAUAUUUAUCUCUUCAAAAUAAUAAUAAUAAUAAGACGUGGAAACGUCUUUAAAAACUGGCUUUGCCCAAAUUUUCUCUUGCUGCCCAAAAAAUCUGAGUUGCCCAAACUUUGGGGGGGCUGCAGCCCCCCUCGCCCCCCCGGCCCGUACGCCUAUGUGUUUACUGAAGUCUUCCGUCGUUUAGCCUCGGACUAAACCCUGUGAUGCGUGAUGAAAGCCCUUGUGUAAUUUGAGUCUGGUCACGCAACUGUACAGAAAAGGAUAAAUCAUCGCACGAGUGUACAAGAAAAAAAUAAAAUGACAAUUAACACUGUUUUUUUAGUUUUAUAUUUUAUAUUCCCAAAACACGUGGAACUAAACUUGAUUUUAGGAUGUCACCAGCCGAAACUCAAAUAGAGAGAGAAAACAAAUAGAGUAAGCCGAGUCUGCAAAACUUUUCACACUAGUUUUCCUUCAUUUACACUUAGCCUUCUGAGCCUUUGCUUGUAAUAAACUAAUCUUUACCCCGCUUAACGUGUAGACUUCUUUAUCGAUCACCUCAGUAUGAAUUGAGGGAUUUAGGGACACACGUACGCCAUAUGCAACAUGAAGGUAGAGCAGGGGAAUGGAAACGAGUAAAACUGUUUAAAGAAAAUUGGCCAAUGCUCCGCAAAAGAACAUUCCUGUAAACCACAAAUCGACAAUGGACAAUGGACACAUUUGAUGAGCGAAAUACAAGUAUUUAACAUGUUUAAAUUACUGAAAGUAGUAUUGCUUUGCUCCUCUGCAGCAAGGGCAUCUUCUGGCGAGACCUUAACCUGCUGUUGACGAAUUGUCCAGUCUACACAGUAUGGAGUUAGACCAGAAUGCACGUACUGCUAGCUCCCGCCUGAAAAAAGGAAUAGUCACCUGGCUCUGUCCGCGACCACCCCCCGGCACUUGUUCGCAGGCUAGAAAUAAACCAAUUCACUGACAAGUUCUUUUUCAUAACUAUGGUGGCCGACAACUGCCAUUUGUCAAAACGACAUAAAUUUGUUAAUUUUAGAUUGAACUUUAAUUAUUUUGAAUUGAAAAUAAAGCGAAAGUAAAACGUCAAAUUAUUUUGUUUUUCAUUGAACUGGAAAUAGAUUAAUUUUGUUAAUUUUCAAAACAAAACAAAACAUUUUUAUUAUGAAAUGAAAAUAAAAACAAAAGUGAAAUAGAAGCAGAAGUGAAACUAAUUUGUUCACGGCCGGGAACAGCCAUUCAAAACAGAAAAAGUAAAAUUAUUAUGUUCGCGGCCGGGAACUGCCAUUCAAAACAGGAAAAGUAAAACUAGUAUGUUCAUGGCCGGGAACUGCCGUUCAAAACAAACAAAAAGUAAAAUUAAUAGGUUCAUGACCGGGAACUGCCGUUCAAAAAAAAAAAAGAGAAAGAAAGAAACCUAAGACUUUUGGCGGGAGACGAUAGUCUUCCUCGCAGCCGCUCGGGCUGGGGUCACCCAAUUCUCCCCGCUGUCAUACAUUCCUUUCCCACUAACCUCGUUCAGUUAAGUGUUGACAGGCUAAAUUCGUUCCCAGGUUGUCUCUCCGUUGGAGAGAAUCCUGGGAACGAGGUUGCCUUUCUAGACGUCGACGGUUUGUUAAAGCUACAGAGGUUUUUUAGCUCAUGGAUGACGUAGUCAUGCCAUGGGCUUUUGGAGACACUCGAAUGGCAUUCGACCACUCACUCACUCACUCACUCACUCACCCACUUACUCACUCAUUCACUCGAUUCUUAUUAAUUUAUUCAUCAAAGUCAAAUUAUACACUUUACUCUUACCUCCCUUACUUAACAUUACUUUUGUUCAAAGUGCCUUUUACGCAUAUGUUUGGCAUAUUCUAGAGGGUACUAGUAAGGCGUACAUUUUUUCCCGACACAAAAGAGUAGCCAGCCGAAGAUGGGUUUUGUAUAAAUGGAAAUAUUCUAAUGAAAACUGAGAAUAUCAUAUGUAAGAAAUGGACUUGGAAUUGUUAAAAGGACGUUGAAAUAAUUGAGCGCGGAUCACUGUUGUAUAUUUGGACGAAUUGUGCGCAUUUGUUCCGCGAUAUUACUUGAUAUGGAGAAAAUGCGAUCGACAGAGUGUGAAAGAGCUAUCGAAGCCUGACGAUGUGAUUUCCUUCAGCGAAAAGCAAAUAAGCCAAAGAGUGACCAAAGAGCCUUAGCUGCAAAAAACGGUCCUCGAAUUGUAAAGCGGCGUUGAUGUUUACAUGAGAAAGCAAAUUAUUUUACAACUAAAAAGAGUUAAUAAGCUUAAGGUGAUCUUUGCGUUAUUAAAAGAAAUGCUGCACUGAUAACAAGGUUCUAGAAUAUUCAGGUGCACAUGCAAUCGGAUACUUACAGUGUGUCGGGGUUUGAAUUCCUAAGGUCAGAACAAGUGCAGCUUUGGACAAGGAUCUAACUCCCUUAAAUGCGUGAGUGCUAUAGAGAUGCCAACAAGUUACUAUAGAAAUGCUGACGAAAUGCUUUUUAAAACAGACAAUGUAUGCCAAAAAGUAGAUGCCAAAAAACAAAUGCUAAAUACCGUAUGCCAAAACAGAUGCCAAAAAUAAAAUGCUAAAGAAAGGUAAACAUUAUCUAUCAAGUAACCAACACACAAAGAAGGUCAUGAAAUAUAAAAAAAGAAAAAACUAAGGAGAAAGUGAAUAUGUUACAGUGCCCAAGCAGUUUAAAACAAAUGAGUUUCGAAAUGGAAUGUUUCUCAAGCCUUCAAAGUUACUAUAAAUACAGAGGUGAUAAUCUUCAACAAUAACGAAACUCAAUCACGAAAUUCCAGAGCAGUGGCACUUAGCACCCAUGCCCGUUUACGAUUCAAUUCAUCCAUGAGCUUGCUCCUAGGAGCCUUUGAUCUAGUCUACUUGCGUAAUGACACAAAGAACGGCACUUUCCGGCCAUGAACAUAUUAAUUUUACUUUUCUGUUUUGAACGGCAGUUCCCGGCUACGAACAUACUAAUUUUACAUUUUCUGUUUUGAAUGUCAGUUUCCGGCCAUGACAUAUUUGGCAGUUCCCGGCCGUGAACAUAUUAAUUUUACGUCUGCUUUUAUUUCACUUUUAUUUUUAUUCUCAUUUGAUAAUAAAAAUGUUUUGUUUUGAGUUGAAAAUAAAGGAAAAAUUAAUCUAUUUCCAGUUCAAUGGAAAAGAAAAUAGUUUUUCGUUUUGAUUUGGUAAUUGAUUGAGUUUCGUUAUUGUUGAAGAUUAUCACCUCUGUAUUUAUAGCAACUUUGAAGGCUUGAGAAACAUUCCAUUUCGAAAUUCAUUUGUUUUAAACUGCUUGGGCACUGUAACAUAUUCACUUUCUCCUUAGUUUUUUCUUUUUUUAUAUUUUAUGACUUUCUUUUUGUGUUGGUUACUUGAUAGAUAAUGUUUACCUUUCUUUAGCAUUUUAUUUUUGGCAUGUGUUUUGGCAUACGGUAUUUAGCAUUUGUUUUUUGGCAUCUACUUUUUGGCAUACAUUGUCUGUUUUAAAAAGCAUUUCGUCAGCAUUUCUAUAGUAACUUGUUGGCAUCUCUAUAGCACUCACGCAUUUAAGGGAGUUAGAUCCUUGUCCAAAGCUGCACUUGUUCUGACCUUAGGAAUUCAAACCCGACACAGUGUAAGUAUCCGAUUGCAUGUGCACCUGAAUAUUCUAGAACCUUGUUAUCAGUGCAGCAUUUCUUUUAAUAACGCAAAGAUCACCUUAAGCUUAUUAACUCUUUUUAGUUGUAAAAUAAUUUGCUUUCUCAUGUAAACAUCAACGCCGCUUUACAAUUCGAGGACCGUUUUUUGCAGCUAAGGCUCUUUGGUCACUCUUUGGCUUAUUUGCUUUUCACUGAAGGAAAUCACAUCGUCAGGCUUCGAUAGCUCUUUCACACUCUGUCGAUCGCAUCUUCUCCAUAUCAAGUAAUAUCGCGGAACAAAUGCGCACAAUUCGUCCAAAUAUACAACAGUGAUCCGCGCUCAAUUAUUUCAACGUCCUUUUAACAAUUCCAAGUCCAUUUCUUACAUAUGAUAUUCUCAGUUUUCAUUAGAAUAUUUCCAUUUAUACAAAACCCAUCUUCGGCUGGCUACUCUUUUGUGUCAGGAAAAAAUGUACGCCUUACUAGUACCCUCUAGAAUAUGCCAAACAUAUGCGUAAAAGGCACUUUGAACAAAAGUAAUGUUAAGUAAGGGAGGUAAGAGUAAAGUGUAUAAUUUGACUUUGAUGAAUAAAUUAAUAAGAAUCGAGUGAAUGAGUGAGUAAGUGGGUGAGUGAGGGAGUGAGUGAGUGAGUGAGUGGUCGAGUGCCAUUCGAGUGUCUCCAAAAGCCCAUGGCAUGACUACGUCAUCCAUGAGCUAAAAAACCUCUGUAGCUUUAACAAACCGUCGACGUCUAGAAAGGCAACCUCGUUCCCAGGAUUCUCUCCAACGGAGAGACAACCUGGGAACGAAUUUAGCCUGUCAACACUUAACUGAACGAGGUUAGUGGGAAAGGAAUGUAUGACAGCGGGGAGAAUUGGGUGACCCCAGCCCGAGCGGCUGCGAGGAAGACUAUCGUCUCCCGCCAAAAGUCUCAGGUUUCUUUCGUUCUCUUUUUUUUUUGAACGGCAGUUCCCGGCCAUGAACCUAUUAAUUUUACUUUUUGUUUGUUUUGAACGGCAGUUCCCGGCCAUGGACAUAUUAAUUUUACUUUUUCCGUUUUAAAAGGCAGUUCCCGGCCAUGAACAUACUAGUUUUACUUUUCCUGUUUUGAAUGGCAGUUCCCGGCCGCGAACAUAAUAAUUUUACUUUUUCUGUUUUGAAUGGCUGUUCCCGGCCGUGAACAAAUUAGUUUCACUUCUGCUUCUAUUUCACUUUUAUUUUUAUUUUCAUUUCAUAAUAACAAAGUUUGUUUUGAAAUUUUACAAAAUGAAUCUAUUUCCAGUCAGGAGCCUGAUGGGCUCCUGUUCCAGUUCAAUGAAAAACAAAAUAAUUUGACGUUUUUCUUUCGUUUUAUUUUCAAUUCAAAAUAAUUAAAGUUCAAUCUAAAAUUAACAAAUUUAUGUCGUGUUGACGUAUGGCAGUUGUCGGCCACCAUACAUAACGUCAAAAUCCGUCGCGUAAAUGAAAAAAAUGCUUUAAAGUACCUCAGUCAUUUUACUUACUAUCUUUUAACCAAAUACGUUGCGGAGAAAAGAGAUAAAAGGCUGAAAACAGCCUUUCAUUUCGAUUUAAAAUUUCAGAUGGAGAAUGCCCUUUUCGUAGGUCUGCACCUGCAAUGACUUGUGUGCUAAAACUCCUUCAUGGUGGUAUCUCUCAGGCAAAAACGUCCGCCUAGCGGCGAGGAGCGAGGAGAGAAGUCCGUGGCCAUUUUCGAAAAGAAAAAGAAGUGUAAAGGCAGCACCUUCAUCGCUCAGAAAACGUCUGCGUAUAUAAUUUUCUUCAGGCCGCACAGAGUCAUCAAUUAAUGUGCCUUUACGGACCCCUUUUAAAUGAGCAGCCAGCAUGGCCAGUAGGCUGUUCCGGAACGGAACAACGUGAUUUGUUCUCCGCCACCCGGAACCAAACAUUUAGCGGUGGUGAGGAAAAACUUUUAUUUUUAUGCGCCAAUUUUGUGGAUCAAACAAAGUCUGCUAGCUCUAAAUGUAGUGAUAAAGACAUGGAUUGUUGUAUUUGUAGGGUUGAUCCUAAUGGAGAACCCAAUGCCAACCAACCCACCCAUCUCCUCCUCCUUCCCUAAAGUAGACUUUUCGUGACGUUAGCAUAAUCACCUGAGACCUCUUGUAAAGUUCACUAAAAUAAUAGCAAGCACCUUCGUAGCCUGUUCACAGACCCUCUACUUUUUCAUUAGAGAUCGUCCAUCUAUUUUCUCUUUGGAGAUCGUCGAUUUUGCGUAUGAAAAUAAAAAGCCGCGGGGGAUAUAUUGACCAGUAGAGCAGGUUUCUCUCGCUCGCUCGCUUCGCUCGCGUGCUCGUCUAUUUUCGGAACGAAAGAGGAGUGUAAAAGCUGCACAUUCGUUGCUCAGAAAACGUCUGCUAUAUCAUUUUCAGUUCAGGCCAUACAGAGACAUCAAUCAAUGUGCCUUUAUGGACCCCUCUAUGAGCAGCCAGUAGGUUGAUCUAGAACGGUACCACGUGAUUUGUUGCACUGCUACUCGAAACCAAACAUUUAAAGGUGGUGAGGAAAAACUCUUAUUUUCAUGCGCCAAUUUUGUGGAUCAAACAAAGAUCACCUAACGUAAAUGCAGAAAACCUUACUUUUAUCAUUAGCAUGGUAGGGUCGAUGUUUGGUUAUUGGCCUACAUACUCACCUUACUAACAAGUCAGGAGCAUACCAAGGUGACUCACGACAUCUUUUCUAUGAUCGCAAUACAUUCAGCAUUACUGCUGCCACAGGCGCCACAAGCCAAGUUUGAAUAUGUGCGAGAUGCUAUACGAACAUACAACAAAGACUUGCACCGUAAAACACUUAUACCAGGAAUUUCUUUUCCGGCGCGUUACGCGUCACGCACUUCCGGAAUGUCGUCUUCCCUCGUGUUGACAGAUUGAAAACAUAUACAAACUUAACUUCGAUUCUGCCUUGAUGCAGAAUUUAGUUAGCGGUACUGUGACCCCGUCUAGCAUUUAAAUUCAGGUAAGUAAAUAACUUUUCUGAUUUUAAGGUUUCAAUACGAUUAAAACUUUUGCAAGCUCUACUAACUGUGAUUUGAACUGCGUAUUCGUCUCUUCAUUAUGGUUUAUCGCAAAAAUCAGUUGAAAGGAAUCAUGUUAAACCGCACAGAAAUGCCGAAAUAUAAUCUGAAACCGUUACAACUCUGACUAGGGUUUAAAUGUCGAAGUAACUUACGUCUGCGAAGGAUUAAUAUUCCAAGCGUCGAAACUUGCUUGUUGCACGCGCUUUCUUGGUGUCAAAAUACCCUUCAGGUUUUGGUCUCUCGAUGGUGCGCAUUUGGAAUGCCGCCAGAAAUAUUUUAACGCAAACAACAGCAAAGGAUAUGCUUCAAUACAGUUCUUGUUUCAUAUUAAAAUUCCGUGUACCAACUGGGUUUUUACGAUGGUGAAGUUAGGUCAAAUUUGCCAUUUUUGAAAAGUGCUGAAACCGUGUUUCUUCUUGCGGCCGGUACAGUCACAUUUAAACGGUUUAUUUAAAGUUAACUGCUGAAUUAUAAAGUAAAAAUGUGUGUCUCUUUUGUGACGUGAUUUCAUCUAGAGAUAUUAUUCCGUUUUUAUGUACGAGCGCGAAGAAAAUGCUCAAUUUUCGCUAAUUUCAUACUCGAAAAAGCGCCGAUUUAGAGUUUUUCAAACUUUGCCUGAUUCCUGAAAAAAUAAAAAGCUGUUACAAGUUUUAACGUGAUUUUUGAAAUUAGGGUACUAUAGAGAUUAUUUGGGCAAUAUAUGAAGAAAUUCAAAAAUUCACGACUGUCAACCGAUUCUCGAAAAUUACAGACAUUGGCUCUUAAAUAACUUAUUGAUUGCCUCCCGCCAGUAGAGGAUUUUUUAUCGUGUUUUGUUAUAUAAUGAUAUUUGUAUUAUUUGUUUCGAAUUGUUUGAGCAGCUAGGUGCACUAAUCCACAAAGUUUUCAUCCAUCUACCAUCCUAGUCAAGAGAUUCUAAAUUUGUGCAAGGAAUCUUUCGACCUUCUCGCACAAGCGUCAGCUGGAACACCUACUGUCAGCGGACUUCAAGUCAAUUUGGUCACAUGACUACAAGUGGUUGACAAUAACGGGUAGUUGGUAUCUUAAUCUCCUUUAAAGGAAGUUAUGCUCUAAAUAUCCAGAUCUGAGAGCAAUAGUUAGGUUUGUUUCUUUCGACCGCUUUAGACUACGCCACAGACGGAACUAAACUUCGGGUUAAGUCCGUCUGCGAAACAGAGCCGAAAUCCUUGUCCUUCCCCCCCCUUCAGGUAAAUUAAGGCAUGGGUCCCCAAUGAUUCAGUCAAAAAGUGAUGGGGAGUGGUCUAUCUCUGAGCACUUAAGCAGUAGGAAGAUGAGACUUCGCCAGAUACAUACAUGUGUGGUUUCUGUCAAUUAAACGAUUUUCAAUUAUGCAAAUGUUGUCACGUGACUCCACACGGCCAGAAAACAAUAAAAAGUCUUUAAACAAAAACGGCAACACUUUUUGUUGUGAGUUCUUAAACCGGACUGGUUUAGGACAAUGUGUAAUGCAAGCAUCUUCAAAACUGUGCUUGGCUUUUUCAGCCGAUGGAGGUCACGUGACCUAAUUUGCAUAAAUUCAAAGCACGAAAUUGACACAAACUAAAAAAGUGGCCAGCUGGCAAAGUUUUAUGUCUUUUCAUCUAAAGCUCUUAGAUACAAACCACCCACUCAUUUUUGAAAAGAGCAAAUUAAGGCAAAUUGAGGCCCAUGCCUUAAUUUACCUGAAUAGCCAUACACAGCCAUACCCCCCCCCCCCCUACUCCCCCGGGUUUGAGUACGCGCCAUGAUUGGACUUUACAAAAUGCCAUUGUCAUAUUUCCCAAUCAGGUUGAAGGGAAACUCGAAAUACAUUUGUGGUAAUUCAUUGAGCCCGUUGGUGGUUCAGAACAAGGAUUUCAGCGCUGCGUUGCAGACGUCACUAACGGGGCCUCGCAGAUUACGUCUGCGAGGCAGGCUAUUGAGACUCGAGGGAAAUCAAAAUGCACAGAAAAUAUUCUCGGAUAUGUUGAUUCUGUGACAAAAGAAAACCUUUGUUAUAAAGAAAAAAAUUUUGGAUAUCAGCACUUUGGAAUUGCUUUGCGGACCUCAACCUUGACGGUCCCAGUCCAUAAAAUUCACUUCUGGUCAAUAACGCAUGAUAUAUUAGACCUAGGUGUACGCGAUUAUCCACUGACAAAGACUGUCUUGUUCAUUCGUGUUCCCAGGUUAGCUAUGGCGCGGCCUCGGCCUAUCUUUCAGACAAAGAAAAAUACCCUCUGUUCUUCAGGACAAUUCCGCCUGAUAACGCGCAAAACCAAGGUCGCCUUGCCAUCCUGAAACAUUUCAAUUGGAAAAAGGUUGCUAUUAUAACGGAAUCUGAGUCUUAUUACCAAGCUGUGAGUAUUCCCUGUAAAAAACUGAAGUCAUUUUUAUUUAGUUUUCCAUUUCUACAUUUUGUCCUCCGGCAAAUGCUCAGUGUCAGCUUAGUUUUCCAAACCAACCAGAAAGAAAGCCAAAACCACAUCAAAUAUACCUUAAGGAAGGUGAAAUGCUUUCAUCCCGACCAGGUCAUAACAAAAAGUGCCCACAUUCAUAACAGUGGAAUAACUGAAGUGCCUACCCACAAAAAAUAUCAAGAUUUGCUCACAACCUUUGGAUAGAGAGGUCCACACAACACGUACACGUACAUAUGUAUUGUCUGUUUGUUUGUUUGUUUGUUUGUUUUUUUCAAGAUUUGUUAUUAUUAUUAUUGUUAUUAUUCAAAGUCGGGCCUAGCACGUGCUUGGCUAGAGCCUUUUCCACCAUUCCACCACCUCCCACCCCUUCUCUUAUUGAAGGAAACAACUAAAGAUCAAACAGAAAUUACGUUUUAAAUUUGUAUCGUGUGUAUCGUGAUGACGUUUCUUUAAAGGCUUACGAUAGUCUCAAGACAUUACUGGCAGAAAAUAACUUGUCUAUCAUCGUCCACGAAUCCCUUGGUGAGGGAGAAGAAAGCCAUCAAUCGUCCAUUAAAGUAUUGAAGGUAAUCAAAUAAUAAUUGAUAAAUUGCAGUUGUAACGACCAAGUUAAAAUAGAGCGAGCACUAGGAGUUCGCUAUGGUGAAAUCAUAUUUAAGAACAGGAUAACUGAUCAAAAAAAAUACGAAUCCAAGAGUUCGAAUAUGGAAGCAACUUAUGAUUGAAGGUAGGUAAAACAGGCAACGAAAGCUGAAACUCGCUCCGCAACAUUGCUGCAAAACGAACGAACUGAACAGCGAUGUUGCGCUUUUUACCACGCACUUCUCAGGUUGCGAAGAGUUGUUGCAUAACUGAGUAGAGAGUAGUUCUACUUUUUGCCACCAAAUCUGUACAUGUUGCGCGUUUUACCGGCCCAAGGCAAACUUGUCUUGCAGCAAAUGACGUAAAUCUUGUGUAUGGCUUGACUCCCGCGUAAUGUUAUCCAAUCAGAAGUCAGUAUUCACGCAACUUGCAACAAUCUCACUUGUUACAAGACAUGAUUGAACGGGGGUUAGUGGCAAAACGCGAAAAAUAGUCCAGUUUCGAAUUAAAAAUCACCGCGGAAUACAAACAUUAACGACUCAUUCGAUACAGGGUUAGCUUCGACGUAAACUAAAAUAUUCAGAAAUUCUGGCAAGUAAGUGUUUGAAAUUUGAAUAUACACAAUAGACAGAAUAAUAAGCAGGUCUUUUUCUCGUUGGAAUUUGUUUAUAUAUUACUUCAGAUGGAGGCUAAGGCUGUAAAAAGUGCGUCCUCACUUCUUUAAUUCAGCGGUCACAGCGAACUCGAAAAUGGGCUAUUGUUUUUCAUGCAGUUAGUUUUGCAGCAAUGUUGCAAAAGAAGUUGCACGAUUUUGUCGCCCUUUUUACCUUAGCAUUAGUUUGCGAGAGAUUCUUCUUCCAACAACCAACAAUAACAACGCACCAUAGACAUUGUGAUACAUGUGGGAUUUCCCCACGCAUUUUGACAUUCACUGCGUUGAAAAUUAUGGGAGCUGUGUCACGAAAUUCAGCCAAAUUAGGUUAUUGCAAAAUGCCCGUUUAAAUUAAAAGAAACGUAAAAAUAACCACUUAAAACAUUAAAGGAAGCUUAAAAUAACACAACAGAUACAACAGCUGCCACGGAUGGGCAAAACUGAAGACUGAAACGGAUUGAAAUUAGGGUUUCAUGAAAACUCUUCAGCCUAACAGUUUUUCAAAGUUUAUCUCAGAUGUUUGCAGCUUCAAAAAUAAUGCUCAGGGGACAUAUUUUUUGUUUGUCUCUAAUCUCUGAUUUUGUCAUUUACAUGUAAUUUCUUUGCCUACUUUGAGUUCCAUAGCGAUUGAGGGCGAGUAAUUGGUAAAAUAAAACAAAAUGAACUGGACUGCCGUGACACAGCCCCUUUGAGCACGGUCCGUAGUAGUUUCCUUGAUCAAAAGCCAUUACUUUAUGUUAAUGCACACUGAGCGCAGGAUUACGUCUCAAAGGGUCUGAAAUGACGUCAUUUGCACAUUUGCGUCGCUUGAAUUUGAAACUGCCAGGUUUUGUUUGCUCGUGAAGAUUGUUUUUUAAUCCUCACUGGAACGGAAUGGAUUGUGGUAACUGUAGCAAAAUGAUGUCGUAGUGGAAAUGUCCUCUUGCAACGGAAGGUGAGUGACACACCUUAAAUCUUAAUUUGUUUCCUUCUCGCUUUAUUUUGGAUGUUACAGGAAAGAGAUGCACGGGUGAUAAUUGGACUUUUCUCUGAAGAAAAAGCCAUUGAGUUAUUUUGCCAGGUAAUAAAUCGACUCAAACUGUUGAAACUUUGUGGAGAGGCAAGGGAUAGUUUCAUUUUAUAAAUAAACCCGGGCUGGAGUGUUUCCUCCUUUUUUCAAUUUGAUUGACGUUGAGGUACAUGUCUGGAAAUCACCCAGUUAAACAAUCGGUAGCCUGCGAAAACAUCCGUUUCUCCUCGCUCUUCGCCGCCGGGGACGUUUCGCGAGGAGGAAUAACGUCUGCGACUCAGGGGCAGAAAUUCCAUACUGAUGACGCAAACCGAUGUUUACAUAAUAAAUCCAGUAGUCAUGGGGUUCCAAAUACAAAUUUGUCCAAUUUUACGUGUCUUCUGGUCGAUUUUGGUAAAGUGUUGUGUUCAUCUGCCAACGAGCUCCAGCAAAACUCCAAUGCUUCUUUUAGAGAAGACUAUAUUCCACAAAUAUUGACUAUUUUGUUAGGGAUUCUUCGCGUUUACAUUUGACCUUUGCGGCCUUUGUCUUUUGUCUGUCAUUCGUAAACAAUAGCUAAAACAAUGAAACUACUCCAUCGACCAAUCAGCGCUUCUGACCGGAUUCCGGACAGAUUUUACGUCAUCAGUAUGGAAUUUCUGUCGCUGAGCCGCAGACGUUCCUCCGCGCGAAAUGUUCCCAUCGACGAAGAGCGAGGAGAAACGGAUGUUUUCGCAGGCUAAACAAUCGGUUGUUUAAUUGUUUCUUAAACUAGGGUAAGAGCUGGGUAAUUGGCUACUGCGAAUGAUCAUUAAUGUUUGAGAAAAUUCAAAGCUCUAGUGUUUUGACGUAGCCGGGCUUUCAUCGAUGUCCGAGAGUGUUCUCCAGUUUAUAUGGUAGUUAAAAUAACAUGAUACAGGUCCUGUUCACGCUUUCUCAGUAUGAGUACCAGUAUGUAAAGUCACAUAUCAACCUCGAGAAGUCAAGAGUUUUCCAUGCCAUCAGGUCUCAAGACACCGAAAAUCGUUCCGGUUGCGCUUUAAAAUGUUUCCAAUAUCCUCUUUAAUUGCUUCUUGUCAGUAACUUUCGAAUAACCAAUAAAUAUUCAGAAAAAAGGUUUUUGCAGUGCGCGGUGCUUAUUAGAUCACUGAAAAUCUAAGAGUAAACUAACAAAGGCCAUUGUUAUCCAUCAAGUCUAUUUCUAACCACCUGCCUAACAGUGGUCACCAUUAAACUGUUCCCAGGCUUUCAAACAAGGCUUCUAUGGUGACAAGUACUUGUGGCUUCUGAUGGGAUGGUAUCGAUAUCGUUGGUGGGUAGUGGAAAAAAUGCACUCUGCCCGUGCGUCAAAGCUUCGUUGCAAAACAGAACACGUCACUAAGGCCUUUGGAAACUUUCUUAGCACAACUAUCCUGAGAAUGGGACCCAGUUCCCAAGACAUAAUAGGAAGCGAGGUAAGAACUUACUUGAGUCGUUUAUAAUAUUUUUCAUCAUUUAGUGGAUAAACCUCUAAAUGAAACUUUUUUUGCUAAUAUGGUGGAAUUUAGUCGCUGGUACUCCGUUAAAAUUUCACUGCUGCCCCACCCAUGGAGAGGAGGGGGUUAGUCGUGUACUUAUAUAUGGUAAGGGACAGGUAAGGGACAGACCAUUAGAAACGUCAUGGGGGGCGAAGUACUAAGAAAAUAUUCAUACAAGGGAAAAUUAAUCAAAGAAGUAAGGAAAAUGCUAACGCAAAAAGUCUUGGAUCAAUGUAGGUUUCUGAGACACUGCCCACCUAUCCUUUCCCUAAGCCAAAACUUUGCCCAAAGUGAGAAGUAAGUGUUAAUGUUAGCUUAGGGGAGGGGUAGGUGGGCAGUUUCCCAGAAACCUAAAUUGAUCCAAAGUAUUUAUGCAGCUCGAAAAUUCCCUGCCCCUGCCAGAACUUUUCUAAUGGUCCGCCCCUUAAGUACCCAGUUUCUAAGGGGGGAGUGUACAAUUUUUAAAAGAAGCAUUUAUUGUAUAACAGACAAGCACUAGUUAAGGCAGCUUCGGUCGAGUUCCACAGGACAGUGUGUAACGUUUUUAUGUAUUGUUUUCUUAUAGUGCAGCUUAGAGCUGCAUCAUUCCAAAUUUAAUUCAUUUUCUUUCUCCAGGAAGCGUACCUCUCAUGGAAAGACAAAUAUAAUGAGUUAGGACUUUACUCGGGACUUGCCCAUGACGCAGUUGUUGCCAUGGCUCUUGCUCUAAACAAGUCCACCGAGACUCUUGCCUCAAGAAACAAAACGCUGGAGAAUUUUACGUACACAGACAAAGAAAUGGCUGAGGUGUUCAGGGAUUCACUUUCGAAGGUGAAAUUUCUGGGCUUUUCGGUAAGUGGAACAAUGUUUAUCCUCAUUUUCAAAGCUACUGUCAGUUACCCUGAGGAGGCGAGGCUUAGUCCGCUUAGCCUUCAGCUGAGCCUUGAACCGGCCAGGGUCACGCAGUGCCAGCACUCUAUACUUGAUUUGUCACGUGACAUGCUACGAACUAUCCUUUGCGAAAGGAGUUUGGUCUGAAACUGCCAUUCAAUAGACCUAAUCACGGUUCCAAAUCAGGCAAUUGCCAAGGUUUUAGAAUUUUAAAACCUGGAUAGUACAUCCUUUUCAAGGGAUUUAUCUAAAAUACUCUAGACAUCAUUACGAGUAAUGAUCUGUUUGCAGGGACCUGUGUUUUUUAACGAAGAUGGCGAUAGACAAGGGCUUGUGGAAGUCGGACAAAUGCAAGGUCAGACACUAAAUCAAGCUUUGUUGACAGAAAUCUCUAACCAAUGUAAUACAGUAAAAAUUCUUGAAAAAAAUAAGAGCCACCCAAUAAGAGGGCACCAACACCGUAAAUAACAUGCUCUAAAGUCUUCAUCUUAACACGUCGCCACGAUUUUGUCAAAUGAUACCACUUAUUACUACAAGACGUGUGGAUUGAGUCGAGGCCGCAAAAGCGAGCAGUAUUUACAACCGCAUGAGUAUUAUAGUGGGGGACGUUUAGGUUCUCCUUUCUGCCGAGGGAUCUCGUUAAUUUUGCGGGGGAAUAAGGCAAAGUCUCAGUUCUAUCUGAAGAUGAGUUAUUGGUUAUUGUUACAUUUUAGCGUUUUAAAAAGAGUUGGUGUAAACAUUUAUUCAUCCUUAGACGGCCGAGUAAAGAUUCUUGGGAACUACACGAUGGAGGAAGAUAAACUGGUUCUCGAAUCCUCAAAGUUCGUUUGGAAAGGUAAGAAUUGUUACUGUUGUUACUGUUGAAAAGAGGUAGCUAGAUAAAGAAUACUCCCACGCUAAUGCAGUUAUUGCCCCACUCCGUUUACACGCCUUGCAUCGAGUCUUGGUUUGAAAGAGACUUGUUCAAGUAACUUCUUUUGUUUGAUUUUAGGUGGUACGAUUCCAUCUGAUCAAAUGAUGACGGUCGACAGAUUGCUCAAGAUUUCAGUGGGUUUGUUCAGUUUCUUCUGCGCGGUUGAGAUUUUGGGAAUAAUUGUAGCGGUAGCAUUUCUGACAUUCAACAUUUGCCACAGAGACCAUAGGUAACACUAAAAAAUUUUCCGCAAUGCGAACACGUAAUUUAUCAGGGGCACCCAACGAGAGUAUAGUUCAAAACCACAUAAACAUAGCAUUGUUGAACGUACUUUAGUAUUUUAAACGGUAGAUAAAGGCUUAUUUUUAUCCCGUAAAAAUUUUUCAUCUGUUCGGAUUUCCUAGCUGAAAGUAUAGUGAUCCGAAAAUUAUAGGGAUCAAAAUUUACCUUUUCGAAAAUUUCAGCCAGAAAAAAGGCUCCCGAAAAUUCUAGGUGACCUUUCUAGGGUAAAAAUCCGUUAAAAAUGGGCAAUUAUACGAUUUUUUUGAAGUUCGAAAAUCCUAGGAGAGGCAGGCAAGCAAGAAAUUUGUCAGAAAAUGAUCCGAAAAUUCUAGACCUCGAAUCGUCUUCCGAACAGAUAAUUUUCCGAAAAUUGUCGUUGGGUGCCCCUGAUUUAUAGAUUUAUCCAAGGCCAAAGGCGAAGCUCUUGUGGGAUCUUUUGAAGACUGUCUGUUUGAAGUAUUUUAACUAUCUUCACAUGAAUAAGCGAACUGAAUUCCUCCUGAAAAAAAUGGUCGUCAGUCUGGGAUCACUUGAAAACCAAUAACUAGUCAGUGGAGAACUUGAGCCCGACAGUCAAGUGAAACUGAUACCCUAUUUUGGCAGCUGUCAAUUGAACAUGACACGGAUGUCCAAAAUCAAGUUAAAGUGUGACAUUCCACAUCGCUAACAUGAAAGGGUUGAUGCACGAACCGAUGAUUUUGUCCCAACCAAAUUUUCUUGGAUGUAAAGAUGACCAAAUUUUUUUACCCAUUGUGCUCUGCUGUGCCCGCUUCGCGCGCGUGAGAGCUUCGCUAUGAGUGAUGAUUUCUCCUUACUGCAUGAGGGCAUGAUCAAGGAAACAAGUCAUGAGUUUUUAAACAAUGAUCACCAAAAACGUAUUGCACUGAUUUUCUGCAUUCCUUCCAAUUUACUUGAUAAGACAUCAAUGGAGGCCAGUUAAAAGAAUUUGUGUGUUGAAAUUUGGGCUUAAAGGGUUAUCCACUGUACUAGUGUUUUAAGACACCUAUGUAUAAUCGUGGCUUCGCAGGUUCAUCAAAAUGUCAAGUCCCCGUAUGAAUAACAUCAUUGUGGUUGGUGCAAUUCUCAUAUACGCGGCUGGGAUCCUACGCGGGAUUGACGGCAACUUCGUGAGCCCUGGUGUCGAGGCAAUUUUUCGCUGUAAGGUAAAAUAUAAGUGUUGGAAACGAUACUGAGGUACUCAUACCAGUUAAAACCGGAUAUACUGGGAAAAUGGAAAAUGCCAGCUUUAACGUUAAAUUGAGCUACAUUGCAAAAUCAACUUAUGAACUUUAAAGCGUUAACUCUUCAGUGGCAACAAUCUGUAGGUUUGAUAAUAAAAAAAUGAAGUUUUCGGCGGAUCACGAGCAGCCUGCUGGAACUGUUCAGAUUCUCUAGGCAAUUUAGCCACUAGGAACCCAUGGCCAGUUCAGUUAAACACAGUUGGCAUUUUUGAGGGUUUUCUUCAGUUUAUACUAGCAACAACCUUAGCUUUCAAUCAUUUAUGAAUCAUUUCCCCCUAAUCCCCGUUCAGUUAUGACAAUGAUAAACGUUAACACCUCCAACAGUAUAGAAAUUCAGGAAAGCAUUAUCACAUAUUCUUUGUUCAUAAAGAUUUUAAGAAGGGAGUGCAAGUAAAAUAAUCAGUGGAGAAAACCUAAACGAAUUGGCCAGGAACCAAUUUCAUAAAACCUAAAACCUAUCGCCCGCAAGUAACUGCUAAGAUCCAGCGUUGAAAUAAAUAGUUUGACUGAGCUGAAAGGCAGCGGUUAGCAGCUACAUCCGACGUAAACAUUUAUGCACUGGCCCCAGGAGAACUUCUAUGCCACUCCUAAAUUUUCCAAAAAUUUACCCAUCUCUUGGGAGCACAGAGAUGGCGCAGUGGUGAGAGCGCUCGCCUCCCACCAAUGUGGCCCAGGUUCAAAUCCUGGCUUCGACGCCAUAUGUGGAUUGAUUUUGUUGUUGUUUCUCUCCUUUGCUCCGAAAGGUUUUUCUCCACGUACUCCGGUUUUCCUCUCUCCUCAAAAACCAACAUUUCCAAAUUCGACCAGGAAUCAGGUAGACGAAGAACCACUUUGUGGAAAUGCUACCUCCAAAUCAUCAUCAUCAUCAUUAUUAUUAUUAAAUUCUGUCAUGUCGUUCGAUUGCAGUUUUCCACUUGGGUUUCCUGUUGUGGAUUCACCCUGGGAUUUGGUGGGAUGUUCCUAAAGACUUGGAGGGUGCAUAAGAUCUUCCUCAAUCGAACAAGGAAAAUGGUAGGUUGAUAGCUAAUACAAGUACUUGUCUAUCUGCUUCUCCGUUUCUAAGCACCACUAUCGCGCGCAGAACUAUAUAGGAUUCUGCAGGGCGUCGUUCCCAAAAACACACCGCGCGCCGCAACUCCUUCAGCACUUCUUUCGCAUGGCUCUUUUCCUUCAGCAUUUAACGUGGGAGUCAAAGAGGUUACUGGGGAGAGGGGGCAAGGGUACAAGCCUAGGGUAAUUUCUGUCCCUUAUAUGGGCAAUCCCGAAGGCAAUGAAAAGCUGAUGAUGGUUCUAAGUUGUGAAUCCGGGUACUAAAUUUCAUGGUGUGAAUAUUAAAAUGACGCCACAUUUUGAGGAUUUAUCCACGGUGCAAGUUUUGUUUCAAAGCGAGCUUUUUAGAAACUAACAUUAGAAAUUUCGAAUUUGGAAACGUCAAGAAUCACUUUGCGCGACUUUUAAAAUAAACUUGCAGUUCCUUUAACAACUACAAAGAUAACAAUCAAGCAACAACAAACAGCUUCAAACAAAAGGCCGAACCUUCGACCGUACAAUCGAAUCCACAACCCCAAAGGGGAGGGUUGGGCGCGUUAGACUGCGUUAUUAAGUUUUAUAGGAAGAUUAACCAACCCUUUUACAAUCAGGGAUGAUAUAAAGUCUGUGAUGACCGCCAAAAGAUGGUGUACACUCUGACGUCAUUCAAAAUGGCGGCCAUAAGGUCUGCCAUCUUGGAUUUACCUUUAAACUAAAAUGAUGUAAAAAUAAACGACCAUAAAAGGAAAACAUUCAAAAUGCUUUGGAAUUAAAACUCGUAUUACAGAACUGUUAAUGUAAGUUCCGUGCUGAAGGCUAUUUUAUUUCUAACAGGUAAUAAGUGACUUCCAGUUGUUUGCCCUGCUGGCAUUAUUCCUUUCUAUCGACCUUUUUAUUAUUAUGGUCUGGGAGAUUGUUGAUCCGAUGCACGCCGAGAAAAACUUUACAGGACGCAAAGUACGUAAAGUUGAGGAUAGAUGAAUAUUCUUAGAGCUAUUUUUAAAGAGUUAUCUCGUGGAGUUCCUGUCAACAUUCCCAAAUCUUGAAUUCAGGAUUUUGUAGUUCUAAAAUCUCGAAAUCAAAAAUCAUGAAUUCAGGAUAAACGUGAACACAAGAUUGUAGCGUUCCAAAAUCUUGAAUUCAGGAUUUUGGCAUUCCAGAAUAUUGAAUUCAGGACUUCGGAGUUCCAAAAUCUUGGAAUAGUCCAGUUUCGAAUUAAAAAUUACCGCUGAAUAUAAACAUUAACCACACAUUCAUGCAGGGUUAGCCUCGACGUAAAGUAAAAUAUUUAGAAAUUCUGGCAAGUAAGUGUUUGAAAUUUGAAUAUACAUAAUACACAGAGUAAUAAACAGGUCUUUUUCUCGUUGGAAUUUGUGAAUAUAUUACUUCAGAUUGAGGCUAAGGCUGUAAAAAAUGCGUCUUCACUUCUUUAAUUCAGCGGUCAUAGCGAACUCGAAAAUGGACUAUUCAGGAUUUUGGCGUUAAAUGAUCUUUAGUUCAUGAUUUUGACCUUCCAACAUCUUAAUUCAGGAUUUUGGGAAUAAGGUGAGAUAAUACCUCGCUCCUCUUUGGUUCCAAUUCUCUAGAGGCCUUAAACGGUUUCUUGACAGCCAAAGAAACUUCCCAGUAGAGAGAAGAAGUCGUUACGUCACGUUCCCAUGGUAGCAAAAUUUCUGGAUCAAAACAAACCGAAAAUUCACUUAUAAAGUGAAUUCGCCCUUGUUCAAACUUAAUCGAUCUUAUUCAAUUUCACUUAAUCACUUAAUUUGUCAAAUAUUGGCGAAAUAACCCGAAAGAACCCGUAUUUAAAUUUAUAAAAAUAAAAUUUUUGUGUUGUGUUUUAAUACUUAUUCCAUAAAGCACGCGCGUGAAAUUAGGAAGUGUCAUGUCGCAGUCGUGCAACAAAAAAGCAUGAUGCACGUGCAAUGCUGUUGUUUUGUUAAUAUAAACUUAUUGAUUUUUAACUCUUCUCGUUGCUGUCGCCGUCGUCGCUGCUUAAACUCUCUAUAGUUGUGAUCCAGAAAAUGCGCUACCGUGGUAACGUGACGUCACACUCGUACUUCUUUUCAGGAAUACAGCCCUUCAACGGACACAGAGUAUGUACCAUACUAUAUCAAGUGCAGUUCUUCGUACCCAAGCGUGUGGCUCGGCAUCGUCUAUGCUUACAAAGGCAUCCUGCUGGUAUUUGGCGCCUUUUUGGCCUGGGAAACAAAAAACGUGAAGAUUCAGGCGCUGAACGAUUCACGCCACAUUGGUAUAUCUGUGUACAACGUGUUUUUUCCGUGCGCUCUUGGCAUGACUGUGGUUAACGUGGUUGAUAAUAACCCGGGUGUUAACUACGCAGUGCUCUCAGUUCUGGUCGUGUUUUGCACCACGAUGACUCUCUGUCUCGUUUUUAUUCCAAAGGUAAGGGAAUUGAUAAGAUCAUGUUUAAGCAACAAAUGGACCGGUUUUUAAGCAGGGAUCGCAGUAAUGUCAGAAAUGCUUUCGUUUAGCAUUUUGCUGCCGCUGUGCCUAGUCAACUUUCACAUACGGGAAAUUGUUUAGGAUUUCUGAAGGCGACUCAACCGGUCCCGAAUAUGUUCAAAGUUUUCCGACGAAUUGUCCAAAAGUGGGAAGUUCCGGGGACAUUGACCGUGUGCAUAAGAACUCAGACCUAUCUCAAGUAGUGACUCCAUAGCUCGUUACCCAUAAAAUUGAGAGAGCUAGCCUGGAUAAAACCAAGACUAUAGUAACUGUUGGACAUGCGUUGUGCUCCUUUUUGUAAUUUACGGUGAGUUUACGUAACAGGACGGCAGAAAGAAGAGGGCGACAAAACGUUUGUGUGUGACAAACGUGACAGGCCUAACAAAAUUAUUGUCACGCUUGUCACACAAGGUUUGCCGUCUUCUUUCCUCUCUCGUCGUGUUGCGUAAGCUCACUAAUAUCUAAAGACAGGAGCCCAUUCCGGCUAAAGAAAAACUAGUUUUUCCCCAAUGUUGUUUUCUCCGCUAGAUCACAACAGUGAGGGCAGACCCACAAGGAAAGAACAGACCUCGCUUUGUGUCGGCUCUGAACAAAACUCCAGCACAAGUACCACAGACUCAACAACAGGAAAGGCAACAGUUGCGACCAGAUGCGACAAGAGAACCAGAAAGGGAAGCCCAAGCCAGAUCUUCUCGUGAAGUGGGAAAUUGCGCCGAUUCUAGUCUACUAUGAGGCUCGUUUUGCGCUAAAUCAUUACAACUGUGGAUAAGUACAAGAUUCUGCAAACCUGUCCACCUACCUACCCCUCCCCUAAGUAAACAUUUUGUCCUAAGUGAGAAGUUAGUGCC